CCUGGUAUGCCGAGGUGCGCAUGCCCACUAAAGAGGACGCAGCGGCUCCAUGUGUGUUGAGGCGCAUUAUUUGGCAACAGACACGGCAGCGGGGAGGGCCGAAAAAAAGAGGAUAUCCCCUUGAUUUAAAAAAGCAACGAUUUAUCCAGGUUAACAGCAGAUUAAACAUUUCUUGGUCGACCAUCGGCGACGAGCGGGCGACAAAGCGACCGAGGUACCUAAUGAACAGACCGGUUGGUGGAGUUCCGUGGUUUCUGAAUGAAAGCAAAACAGGAUCUUCCCAUCUUUGAAGGGGAUGUCUGAGGAGGCCGUCCGCCAGACGCGCAGCCAGAAGAGGGCGCUGGAGAGGGAUUCAUCACCGCAGACUACAGAACCUCACAGUCCUGACAAUGGAAGCAAAAAGCCCAAGCUGGAGCAGUGUCAACCCACAGCCCAGGAGGCAAUUUCACCUAAACCCGCAUCAGAACUGGAACAUGAUGAUCAGAAUCUGCCCGGGACUGGAUCAAACGAGGAACCGGGGCAGUUGACGCCACCGGUGGAAUCUGAGCCUGUGAAAGACGAAGCCGGUCACGAAGCGAGCUUGGACAAUCAAACUGGACGGAACGACAGAGCUAAUAGGGAGCUGAAGGCGGAGAAGGAUGUGGAUACCGUGAGCCGAUUCCAGCCCACAGAGCCCAAAGUGUCCGCUGGCUUGUUGGCUGCUAGCGAGGUGAAGGCUACCAUCAAAGUGGAAAUCCAGACUGGAGAGCAGCCCGUGGACAUGAGCACUUCCAAAGGUAUAAAAAGGGAGACACGGCCUCCAUCCCCCGAAGAGGAUGAUGAUGAUGACGUCAUCAUCUUGUCAGAUAACGACUCCCCGAGUCCACCUAUGAAUGGCCUGAACCACUUGAAGGACCUGGACACAGAACUCCUCAUGAAGAGCAGCCCAGGCGAACGGGAGCGCAUCAUCAAGCAGCUGAAAGAGGAGCUGAGGCUGGAGGAGGCCAAGCUGGUGCUGCUCAAGAAACUCCGACAGAGCCAGUUACAAAGGGACACGCUUCAGAAGGGUUCAGGGCUGUCCAGCUCCUCCGUUCCACCUCCUCUAAUACGCGGGACAAUUGCAAGCAGCAAAGGCUCACAGCAGAUCGUGUCCGGUAGAAGUUCAGGCACGGUCAUACCUCCGCCUUUGGUGCGUGGUGGGCAGCAGGUGUCAUCUAAACAUGGCUCACAGAUCAUCAUGCCUCCUCUGGUCAGAGGAGCACAGCAGAUCCAGGCUCUCCGCCAGCAGCAGCAGCAACAGCAGCAGCUGGCAGCCUCUGGAGGUGGUGGCUCAGGGGGGCCGCCUCCCUUGCUGCUGGGUGCCAGGAACUCAGCCCCUGCUGGCCAGGGUCAGAGAAGCAUGGUGCAAGCAGGCCUCAUCAGAGUUGGAAAUUCAGCAAACUCAUUGGGCUCCUCGGGUUUGAAGAUUUCUUCCUCAGGAAGCGGCGUCAUGUCUCUAGUGGGUGCCCAUGAUAGUCCAGCCAGCCGCCAAGCUGCGGCCAAACUGGCUCUGCGGAAGCAACUCGAGAAGACGCUCCUGGAAAUCCCCCCUCCAAAGCCCCCUGCUCCAGAGUUUAACUUCCUUCCUUCAGCAGCCAAUAAUGAGUUCAUCUACCUGGUGGGACUUGAAGAAGUGGUCCAGAACCUGCUGGAUACCAUUCACAGAGGAAAGACGGGGGCGCCUCUAUUCAAGCCCACCCUCAGAGACCCCAACAUGUGUACCCAGUGCAACACCGACUUCACAUGCAGGUGGAGACAGGACAAGGCCAAAGGAGGCACCGUCCUCUGCGAAGACUGCAUGUCCUCCAAUCAGAAGAAGGCCCUGAAAGCCGAGCACACCAGCAGGCUUAAAGCCGCGUUUGUCAAAGCGCUGCAGCAAGAGCAGGAAAUCGAGCAGCGGAUCAUUCACCAGACGUCGUCGUCCGCCUCUCACGGAGGCUCGUCGUCCGCUUCGUCACUGAAGGCGGAGCAGCUGGUGUCUCAGCAGCUCAAGCAAGUCCGAGCGGCCUCCAUGCACCGAGGGGCCAACGUCAUCCACCAUCACUCCAUCAAGGGCUCCCCGGGCCAGCUCUCCCACAGCGGCAUCCGGGGCGUCCCCCACUCCUUCUCCUCCUCCUCUCAGCUGCAGAGCGCCGUGGCCGCCGCCGCUUUGGUCAGCCGGCCAGGUAAGCACGAGCAUGUGACCCAGCGCUCUGUCCAGAUUUCAAAAGUGAGCAGCAGCGGAGUCGGCGGCAACAGGAAUAUGAGCGGAGGUAGUGCCUCAUCCACUGCAUGGAAGAAGCAGAGCAACAGCAACAAAGGUGUGACAAUGGCGUACGUGAACCCGAGCCUGAGCGGACACAAGUCCUCGGCCAGCGUAGACGCACGCCAGAGGGAGUACCUGCUGGACAUGAUACCCUCUCGCUCGUCCAUCUCGCAGACUGCAAAUACGUGGAAAUAGACAUAGAAAACAAAUAAAUCAACCUUCAGCCAGUUCGACCGCCUUCUUGGCUUUUUCCAGUCACGGUCAACAGUACUCUGGAGGACAGUUUGGCAAAUACAAUUUCUGAAAAGUGAAGAAAUGUUUCUUUCCUGUCAUUUUUUUUGUAUGAUUUUCUUCUUUACUGUUCAUUUUAAGGUUGGCUGUUCCAUAUAUACCGUAUUUUUCGCACCAUUAGGCGCACCCUCAUUGAAUUUUUUAUUUUAGAAAUCAUUUCAUAUAUAGGGCGCACCGGAUUAAAAGGCGCAUCAAAUGGAAGCUAGACUGCAACAAACAGGUUUACUAGCGUUGCAGUAUGCAUCCACUAGCCAAUAAUGACCCUCAGUAAACAAUCGUGUUUCUCAAACUAUCUCCUAUCAAAUCGGUAAACGUACUCAAAACAUUAACGGAACAGCCUAUUUUGAAAUGAAAUAGCCUCGCAAGAGUGAAUUUUAAGAUUUUAAGUGCGCCUUUUAGUGAGGAAAAUACGGUAGUUUUGAUUUGACCGGGGCAGAAAAAAACACACCAAACUUGGUACUUCUUUCUCCCUCUCUGGGUAGUCAAUUGAUUAGAUUUGCAUCAAACUGACUCACUUGAAUGCUUGGUUGGAGUCAUCCCAAGAAAAACACACUUUGCUUUGGGCAAAUAACAUCGGAGUUGUAAAUGUUUCAUUGCAUUCAUACUUGUAGUUAAAAGGUUGUAUUUUGUAUUUACAUUAAGUUAUUUUUGUUGUUCUUUUUGGAGGGGACGGAUGUAUUUCUUUUUUACAUUCUAUAUUGUGCUUUUCACAAUGAAGAGUUGAUUUUUGCUUUCUUUUUUUUUUGUUUAACAGUAUGCCUACAUUUAACACCUAAUGUUAAUUUUGCACCUUAGCUAACCAUGAGUGGUGAUCGCUCAUGUCGUCUGUAAUUAUCAUCUGUAAUUUGCUUAUUUUAUAUUCAUUUCAAUGUUGGCAUUUUCAUUUGAGUGUCACAUCUUCACUGACAAAAUGCUAAUUGUGAGGAUUGUCCACCUUAAAACCCGAAAUUGGAAUACAGUAUUUGCCACAGUGAACCCGGAAAGCACAAGUCAAUUAUUUGCUUUUCAUCCUGUAACUUCCAACAGCAUUGCAUUUUGUUUUCUUUCUCUGCUACCCAACCUAAACUGCAUUGUGCAAAUUAUUAUUAAAAAUUAUUUUGGUUUAACUUUUUCUUAGUUCCUAAAUAAAUAAAAAGAUAAGUUUUA